GUGAUCUUUUCUGUGAGGACAAGUAGGCAACAAAUCAUGAUACCUGUUGACAUUAGUCUUUAGAUUCUUGAGCAUCAACACUUGGGACAAUGUGACUGGACUGGUGAGAAUGUUACUUAUUUCAUCCAUUUCAUUGUCAUAUUGUGCAGCUGAGCUUGAUUUAUGACUUGAAUCUCCUUUUUUUUUCUCUUUAGGAAAACAAUGGAAAACACAUUAUUGAGCCUUCACACCUUCCAACAAACAAGAAACUCUUCAAAUCUGUCUUUCACUAUUGUACAACCUUACUACAACUCUUCAUCAGCUUCUCCCUCCUCCUCAUCACCACCUGCUGACUUGGUGAUUUCCCCCAAUGUCGCAUACAUGGCAGCUGAGCUCGUCAUCGCGUUUCUCUCCACAGUCGGUAAUUUACUGGUCUGUAUCGCUGUCUUCAUCAACCGCAAUCUACGUACCGUCACCAACUACUUUCUGGUCUCGCUUGCAGUUGCUGACAUCUGUGUGGGCACUGUUGCCAUUCCCUGUGCCAUCCUGACCGAUGUCGGUUUACCGCGUCACAGUUUUUACCUAUGUCUUUUCAUGCUCAGUGUGCUGAUAAUGUUCACCCAGAGUUCCAUCUUUAGCCUGCUGGCAGUUGCCGUGGACCGCUAUGUGGCCAUCUUCAUGCCGUUUCGCUACCAGGCCCUAUUGACACCUCGCAACGCCAUGCUAGUCAUCCUCACCACGUGGCUGCUGGCCUUCUUCAUUGGGCUUGUGCCUCUGAUGGGCUGGCACAAGACACCACCUGAUUCAGGCUACUGUUUCUUUGUCUUAGUGGUGGACAUGACCUAUGUUGUGUACUUCAUCUUCUUUGUUUGUUUGUUGAUACCUCUGUUGACCAUGUAUCUCAUCUACGCUCGUAUCUUUGUUAUGGUCAAGCGGCAGAUGAGACGAAUCGCAUCUGAGCAAAGUGGUCGAGGGGGAAAGCAGAUGAGGGAUGCGGCACGUAUACGCCGCGAGAUGAAGACGGCCGCGUCACUUUUUCUGGUUCUUUUCCUCUUCACAAUCUGCUGGAUCCCACUCCAUGUGAUGAACUGCUUCCUGGUUCUCUGCCCAUUCUGUCCAGUGCCAUUAGAGCUGCUGCUCACUGCCAUCAUCCUGUCACAUGCAAACUCUGCUGUUAACCCUUUCCUGUAUGCGUACACAAUGACGGCAUUCAGGGACACCUUUAAAGCCAUUUUCUUAUGCUGCCGACCGGUGAGAAACAGAGAGGCUGCAAAUUUGGAUGGUGGUGAAGCUAGAGAGGGUGAAGCUGUUCAAAACGCACACCAGACCUGAACACCAUCAAUACUAAAUAUGAAAAUACAAACAUUCUACACAACACAAUACUAAAAUAAUUCACUUCUUU